AUGACCGUCAAAACGUACCUGAUCACCGACUGCUAUUGUGUUUUCAUCGCAAUCCUCACAAUCGUCGGCAAUUCGUUGACGUUGUACCUGUUCUCCACGUGAGUAUUGUCGUCGAGUUGGGUGCAAAGUCCGUGAUUUCAGCGGACGACUGGAUUCUCGCAGAAAUUUGCGCAUCAUACUGUACAUGGCAAUGUCCGACAUUGGGUUUGCCUCUAUAAGUAAGUACGGGAAAGUGGGGUCCGUCUACAGUGGCCCGUUUUCAGUUCUCCCGCAAGUAGUCUACAUGAUAAUGUACUGGGAGCCAUUCAACGUGGAUUACGAUGCGAUUCUGAUGGCCGCCACCGGAUGGCCUCUCCCAAUGUUUCUGAAAAUAUGUCUAGGAUUGAAUGUGGGCGCUGCGAGCGAACGGAUACUCGUAAGUGCCACACUAACGCGUACCUUAACUUCAAUUCCCACAUUUCAGGCGCUCUACUUCCCCAUAACGUACCGCAAAGUGGACCAUGUGAACUGCUCCAACUGGCUCAUGUCCCUAUCCAUUCUCUUCGGCUCUUUCGACACUUUCCUCGCCGUUUUCUCGUUCCGAUUCGAGCCUCGCCUCAACUGCUCCUCGAUCGGUUGCUUCGUCCACUCGUACUUCCGUACCUACUGGGGAGCCUCUAAUAUGGUACCAGAUAUUAUCCAAUUCUCACAAAAUUGUACGUUUUCAGGCGUUCGGCAUCGUUAUAGUCGUGAUGAGUGUGUUUGUGUUUUUCAAAGUGCAAACGUUGGGACGGCACACCGUACUCUUGGGGACGACGCCGGCGGAGAGAAAGAGCACUUUGGUUGGUAAAGUGUGCAUGAGUAGCUUCACUAAAAUCCACAAAACCUAGCCAGAAUUGAUUCGUAAAGUUAAUUUUAACGGAAAAAGGGUCAAAAAUAUUGUGGGUCUGCUCAAUUUCCCACUUUCAGUCGACAACGCAAAAGUUCCGUCAGGCGAACCGAACCACAUGCGGGGUCCUCGUCAGCUGCCUCUUCUGCCUCACAAUUCCCUCUCUUCUCGUUUCGUUCAUCGAAACGCUGACCGGAUUUUCGGUUUUCGAAAAGAUUGGCGCGUUCUACAUCGCCUCCCUUCUUACCAGUGGUCAGUUUGCACAAAAAAUUGCGGCGUUUAACCGAAUAAGAUGGAUUUCUUGCAGGCUUCAUGAACUGUCUCAUCUUCCUCGUCCUGAAUGGCUCGGUGAAGAGCAAGAUUGACGCGCGGAGCCUUUCCGAUACGAUCGUCACUACCGUACUCAACUCCCGAUCCAAACACACCACUUUUGUCGAUUUGUCCUAG